UCACUUGUGAUGUAUGAGUCAUUAACGACUGCUUCAUCAAACUUAAUGGUUCCAACAAAAGAUAGAGGUAUCUACGGUUACAAUCAAUUCAACUUUUCCCGACUGUUCUGUGAAUUUACGGAGAUAUUGCUAUAAUAAUAGUUGUGAUUGUGAAAUGUCAACAAGUGCUGAAUCGAAGUUUACGAGUGCUGAAAUGGAUGCAGACGAGAUGCCUUGCACACUUCCAGAAAUUCAAGAAUCAGCCAUGGAUAUCAAAGAGGAAAUCUUUGAGGAUACAGAUGAUAGGUCUUGUACAUCUCCAGAAAUUCAAGAAACAUCCUUGAGUUCGUUACCCGAAGCAUCGAGAAAGUCUUAUUUAUGUGUGUAUGAAAACUUCAUACAGUGGAAAAUGGCUAGAAACACCGAAUCUCUCUCGGAAUCUGUUUUGCUCGUAUACUUCACUGAAUUAGCCUCAAAAUAUAAACCUUCGACCUUGUGGACAACCUAUUCAAUGCUGAGAAGUACAAUCCAUUUGAAUCAUGGAAUCAACAUAGAAAGAUAUUUCAAAUUAAGAGCAUUUUUGAAAAGCAAAUCUAAAGGUUUUCGCCCAAAAAAAGCAAGUACAUUUUCCACAGAAAAUAUCAACGAAUUCCUUACGGAAGCAUCGGAUCAAAAAUUUCUUGCAACAAAGGUUGCACUGAUAAUGGGCGUAGUGGGUGCUUGCCGCGCCAACGAAAUGUAUGAGAUGAAAAUGACCCAUUUGAAAGAUCUCGGUUCGGCAUUCUUGGUGAAAGUGCCAACGACGAAAACAAAAGUUUCCCGCGAAUUCACAAUCACAGAUAAUUAUUAUGAAAUUUGCAAGAAAUACAUCAGCCUGCGUCCGCGCGAUGUUAUAUCCAACGUUCUUUUCUUGAACUUCCAAAACGGAAAAUGUACGAAUCAAAGGAUCGGUAUAAACAAAUUCACCAAAAUGGGAAAACAAAUAGCCGAGUAUCUUAAAUUGCCGCAUCCAGAGAGAUUCUCCGGUCUCAGUUUUCGCAGAUCUACCUCGACUAUAUUGGUGAAUGCUGGCGGGGUUAUAACGUCCUUGAAGAGGACCAGUGGAUGGAAAUCCACGACGGAAGCAGAAGGCUAUAUUGAUGAGCCGUUUGAGAAUAAAAUCGAAACUGACGAGAAAAUCUCCAUCUCUGUACAGAAUCCCAUAGGUGAAAAUAAUGAAAUCAUAUCUACAAACUCAUCUUCUUGUAAUAUUAACACAGGCUCAUCUUCAUGUAAAAUAAACUCGGGCCCAUCUUCAUAUAAUAUAAACACAGACUCAUCUUCUUCAUGUAAUAUAAACACAAACUCAUCUUCAUGUAAUAUAAACAUCACCUCAAGUUCAAAUUCAGUGCCUGUGAUCAAUAUUGAAAAUUGUGUAAAUACUAAUAUUACAAUUAAUAUCAAUAAAUAGUAUAUAUCUAUAUAUAGCAUGAACUAACUCAAAAAUUUAAUUAAUUCUAAUUAAGUGUUUUGUGCAAUGUCAAAUUAACGUAUAAUUUGAUUUGAAAUGUCAGAAGUUGUUUGGAACUAUUUAAUAUAAUAAAUAAUUAUAAUUAUUUUAGAAAUAA